ACUCAUCCGAAUGUUACAACAUUGAGUGGGUCCUACCUGCUGUAAUCCUUGAUACUAGUUGCCCUAGUUUUUGAGCAUGUGAUAAAUAUGCCAUUUCCAAAUUAACAUUGAACUUGGGGAGUACAACUAGUUUACCAUCACCACAAUACAGAGAUUAUCCUUGGUGGACGAUAUUUCUUCGAUUCAAAGUUAUCGGUAGGGAAAUCACUCUGUAUUCCUCUCCCAAUCCUACCAGAUCUGACAUGGAUUAAUCCUGAAGACCGAAAAUGGAAGCCUUAAAGUUUUUCUUUCUAUCGAUCCUUGUCGUGGCGUGUAGCAGCCAAAAUUUCGGAAGAUUCGUCAAUACCUUCGAGAGAAUACGUGAUUCUGGUGAAAUUUUGGACAGUUAUGACUUCGUGGUUAUCGGUGCAGGGUCGGGUGGUAGUGUUGUGGCCAACAGACUCACAGAGAACCCUUCUUGGAACGUCUUGCUUCUGGAAGCUGGACAAGAUGAAGGUUUCAUGACCGACGUUCCACUAGCGGCGUCCCUCCAAGGCAUUACAGGCUAUAACUGGGGGUACAAAGGAAGAAGGAUAAAGUCAGCUUGUCUUGGAGCUGUCCAACAGAGGUGCAACCUACCCAGAGGUAAAGCUCUCGGAGGAACAUCUGUUAUAAACUUCUUGAUCUAUACUCGUGGAAAUCGACAAGAUUACGACGGCUGGGAAAGCUUGGGUAACCAUGGCUGGGGCUUCAGAGACGUCCUACCAUACUUCAUCAAGUCAGAAAACUGCUCUUCUUGCGAGGAUAUAGACGCUAGUUACCAUGGCUACGACGGGUACCUCAACGUAGAGAACCCGGGCUACGAAAGCCCCUUGGUUAAAUCUUUCAUCAAGUCCGGCGUCGAUUUGGGAUACAAAAACGUGGAUACAAAUGGCGCCAGCGGUCUGGGAUUCUCCAGGGUUCAGGCGACGAUGAGACAAGGGGCCAGAUGUAGCGCAUCUAAAGCCUUUUUGAAACCUGUACGACACAGAGGUAACCUCCACAUAUCCACCUCUUCACAAGUCACCAAAAUACUGAUAAAUCCAGAUACUAAAACGGCUUAUGGAGUAGAAUUCGUGAAAAAUAACGUAGGUUAUCGAGUCCUCGCCAAGAAGGAGGUUAUCCUAUCGGCUGGUAGCUUCAACAGCCCCCAGCUCUUGAUGCUGUCAGGUGUAGGACCCAAAGAACACCUCGAAGACUUGGGAAUUCCAGUAAUGAAAGACUUGAAGGUUGGAUUUAAUUUACAAGACCACGCGGCUCUGUCAACCUUAGCCUUUCUGGUUAAUGAAUCGAUUACAGUGUCCGAUUUCGGUGUGCAAAAUCCUGUGCACAUCUUCAAUUACCUCUGGAAUGGAAAGGGUCCAUACACUAUACCUGGGGGUGCAGAAGCUUUGGGUUUCGUGAAAACCAAACUGAACAGACGCGAUGAUGAUGAUCCUGACAUCGAAUUGGUGUUGGGGAGUGGGGCUUUGAAUGGUGAUAUUUUUGGAGCCUUCAGAUCCUUGUUGGGAAUUCCAAAUAAUGUUUUUGAUACAGUAUAUAGACCGGUUGUUGGGAAACCUGCCUUCGGAAUUGCUACAGUGCUGAUGAGGCCUAAAAGUAGAGGAAGGGUCAUGCUGAAAUCAAGGAAUCCAAUGACCUGGCCAUUAAUUUAUCCCAAUUAUUUCCAGGAAGAAGCUGAUCUUUGGACGAUGGUGGAAGGCAUAAAAAUUGCCAUCAAUUUGACCAGAUCGCAGCAUUUCCAAAGGUACUCGGCAAGACUGCACAAAAUAUCGAUGCCAAAUUGCGAAAACCACCAAUUUGGAUCGGACAGUUAUUGGGCUUGUGUCCUCCGAAACUAUGGAACCUCUUUGGGCCAUCAAGUUGGAACAUGCAAGAUGGGACCGAAGGGUGACCAAGAUGCAGUAGUUGACCCAGAGCUGAAAGUCCAUGGUAUAAAUGGUUUGAGAGUGGUUGAUGGAUCCAUAAUGCCAAAUGUGGUUGCUGGACAUACCAACGCUGUCGUUUUCAUGAUUGGGGAGAAAGCUAGUGACAUGAUCAAGAGGGAAUGGGGAAUGGGAUGAAGAUGGGGUUAGACUGUCUAUUUAAUCAUAGACAACCUAUUUGAGGUAUAUAG